ACGACAUUUCGCUCUGGGGAAGCAGUCGAUCCCACAGCAACAUCACCAUCACAACGCACUCUGAUAGCUGCGCUUUACACUUACUCAGCCUGAGCACCCACUACAAACUUCCGCUAUGGCCACCGCCCAGCAACCCACCGCCACCCUCCACCCUCUCUCGAACUACACAUUCGGCGUCAAGGAUGCGCAACCAGAAGAAGACCCGUCCGUUGCGGCACGGCUGAUGCGGCUACAGAGCGAGUACGCCACGCAGGGGAUGCGGAUCACCGUCGAGGCAGUUCUGGUCGUGCAUGAGCAUGGACAUCCCCAUGUGUUGAUGUUGCAGAUUGCUAAUACUUUUUUCAAACUGCCUGGGGACUCGUUGAAACCGGGAGAAGACGACGUGGAGGGUCUGAAAGCGCGACUGAAUAAGAAGCUGGCGCCGCCGGGUAGCGGGGCGGACGUGCCGACGGUAGAUUGGGAGGUCGGAGAACUGCUGGCUGUGUGGUGGAGGCCGAACUUUGAGACUUUUAUGUACCCGUAUAUCCCAGCUCACAUCACAAAACCAAAAGAGAUGAAGAAGGUCUACCUAGUCCAUCUCCCCGACAAGAAACUCCUCUCAGUCCCGAAAAACAUGAAACUGCUAGCAGUGCCGCUGUUUGAACUGUACGACAAUGCCGCGCGGUACGGGCCGCAGUUGUCGGCGUUGGCGCACUUGUUGUCGAGGUUUCAUUUUAUUUAUGAGUAGUAGGUUGGAGUGUUUGUGUGAAGGAGGGGG